UCGAAACGAGGUCAAGAGCGAGGACAGACUGCACAAGAGGAGACUGCAGAGGAAAUCAGUGCGGAGAUUUACACCAAGAGAGACAGGAGGCUACCUCACAGACUGCAAAAUCACUGAGAGGAACAAGACUGAAAUGUCAAGAUACGUUCAACGAUUUGGCUUCCUUAUGCAUCGGAGUGGAAAAAUGCAAACAUGACUUCUGCACAGCAGCGAAUACACUGCUCUGAAAAAUGUCAUCAGACAUGGAGUCGGACAAGAGCCAACAGAAAGAGAACCUGCAGAGUACGGACAGAGACCUGUCCGAACAGAUAAAGACAGUGACCAAGGACAGUCACGUGAGAGCGGAGAACACGGAGCUGAUGCUGAGCUACCAGAGGGGUCAGAUCACUCUGCCACAGUACAAGCUCCUCUUGUGUUCGCUGUAUGAGAUCUAUAAAGCGCUGGAGGAGGAGCUGGACAGGAACUCUUCCCACCCGGGUGUUGCGCCUAUUUACUUCCCCCAGGAGCUGGCUCGUCUGCAGGCACUGGAGAGGGACCUGGAAUACGUCCUUGGGCAGGACUGGAGAGAGAGGGUCAUUGUCCCGGCUGCUACACACAGAUACACACAGAGACUGAGACAGAUCGGAGGAGAAAACCCUGUGUUAUUGGUGGCCCAUGCAUACACCCGUUACCUGGGUGACCUGUCGGGUGGCCAGGUCCUGGGGCGCAUUACCCAGAAGUCCAUGGGGCUGCGCAGUGGGGAAGGUCUGUCAUUCUUCUCAUUCCCUGGAGUGACCAGCCCCCAUCGCUUCAAGCAGCUGUACAGGAGCAGGAUGAACAGCAUCGAGCUGACGGAGGAGCAGAGAGAGGGAGUGCUGCAGGAGGCCGUCAGAGCCUUCGAGUUCAACAUCGAGGUUUUUGAUGACCUGCAGAAAAUGCUGAGGGUCACGGAGACGGACGCCAAGGUGCCGUGCAGACUGGCGCCAGAUAGCGCCAGAGAUGCAGCUCACGAUGUGGAGGCUGUCAAGAACAGACUGACGGAAGAAGCUAAGAUAAGCAGCAGAGACCUGUCCGAACAGAUAAAGACAGUGACCAAGGACAGUCACGUGAGAGCGGAGAAUACGGAGCUGAUGCUGAGCUACCAGAGGGGUCAGAUCACUCUGCCACAGUACAAGCUCCUCUUGUGUUCGCUGUAUGAGAUCUAUAAAGCGCUGGAGGAGGAGCUGGACAGGAACUCUUCCCACCCGGGUGUUGCGCCUAUUUACUUCCCCCAGGAGCUGGCUCGUCUGCAGGCACUGGAGAGGGACCUGGAAUACGUCCUUGGGCAGGACUGGAGAGAGAGGGUCAUUGUCCCGGCUGCUACACACAGAUACACACAGAGACUGAGACAGAUCGGAGGAGAAAACCAUGUCUUAUUGGUGGCCCACGCAUACACCCGUUACCUGGGUGACCUGUCGGGUGGCCAGGUCCUGGGGCGCAUUACCCAGAAGUCCAUGGGGCUGCGCAGUGGGGAAGGUCUGUCAUUCUUCUCAUUCCCUGGAGUGACCAGCCCCCAUCGCUUCAAGCAGCUGUACAGGAGCAGGAUGAACAGCAUCGAGCUGACGGAGGAGCAGAGAGAGGGAGUGCUGCAGGAGGCCGUCAGAGCCUUCGAGUUCAACAUCGAGGUUUUUGACGACCUGCAGAAAAUGCUGAUGAUCACAGAGGAGACUGGGGUACAACGCAAACCCGCAAUGUCCCUAAACGGCAUUCGCGGACACCAACCAGGAGCCAAGCAUUUUCAAGUCCCGGCUUCACUCAUCUCCGCCUCCCCGGUGUUGGGAAUGGUGCUGGGUGCCUGCGUUGCCCUAGCAGUUGCCAUGGCACUGUAUGCACUUUGAGAAUGCUUCCUCAUUUUUUUUUUUAAAAUUUGAAUUCAGAAUGUUAUAUUUGUAAAACAGUGUUUAUGCAAUAACCGUAGCAGAUGAUGCCAAUAGCAUUUAUUUAACGUUUAUAAACGUUAAUUGCACUUUAUUGAUUCAUGUACUGUGGCGUAAUGAUACACAAAUCAAACAGGGAUGCCUGUGAUGAGUAUUACCGCUCUGCUGUGUGUGCAUCCUCACAACUGAAACCUGUUCCUUCACCAGGCUAAUUUUUCCAUGCCUAAUGACACUGGGAAAGAAGUUAUUUAUAAAUCAGCUAAAUCAAUUUAUAUAUAAACUUUUGACUGUAUUUAACAUACAUUACUGUUUGAUUGCAAAGAGUGGUUACUAAGCAAU